CAUCUACUUACCCACCAACCACUUUGAGACUGGAGAAGCCAUUUUUUCUCCUACCAAAAUACUGUUUUUUCUCCCUUCUUUCUUUCCUUCACCCCAUUUUCCUCACCAGAUAUAUAAAAAAAGAAAAGAGACUUUCCUUUUCCCUUUCCCUUUCCCUGACUACUCCUUCACUCACUCCCACCAGCCUGUGGAUCAAACUUUGACUCAGCUCCCUGAUUGGGACUUCAACCCUUCCCUUAUAUAUUCAUUCAUCCUUCCUUUAUUACGAGAAAGACAAGUUCUACCUCUCUUUUUCUUCUUCCACUUUACUUUCCUCCUUUCCCUUGAUAACUCACUUGCUUUCAGGGAUUUUUUUUUUGUUCACCUAUCGAUCUACCGACGAUGAUGAAGAAACGGCAAGUGGUGGUGAAGAGAUCGGAGGUGGGGAGGAUCUCCACGACGACGUCGUCUUCGGUCAUGAGGAGCGUCCGCUACGGGGAGUGCCAGAAGAACCACGCCGCCAACAUCGGCGGCUACGCCGUCGACGGCUGCCGGGAGUUCAUGGCCAGCGGGCCCGACGACGAAGGCGGCGGCGGAGGGGCGGCGCUCGUGUGCGCGGCGUGCGGCUGCCACAGGAACUUCCACCGGCGGGAGGUGGAGACGGCUGAGGUCGUGUGUGAGUACUCUCCGCCUAAUAACCACUCCUCCAGCCGCCGGUAGAAAAAACCCAUAUCUCUUUAUAUAUAUAUACUGUUGUCUGUGUAUAUAUAAUUCACGGCGGAGAGAGUUUGCUUGGCCGUGGUGGUGGUGAAUUGGUGAUUUGUUUUUGGAUAUGCUAUAGCUUGUUGUUCUGAGAAAGAAAAAAAAAAAAAGAAGGAAAAAAGGGAGUGGGGGGAAUUGGGUUAUAUUUACAUGUAUGGAGUGAUACUAUAUAUUUUACUUGUUAUGUCUCAACCUUUUGAGAAAUGGGGAACUCAAGAUUGACUUUCUCUUUUGGUUUUAUGGGAUGGUACAUGCUGUUCUUGGUUGUUUUUGUGUUGUGUUGCUGCCUCGAAUAGUACUAUCAUGUUGAUGUAGGGGGGUGAUUAACAUGUGUUGGGGUCAUUUUUAAUAUGGUUAUCCACUAUUUAAAUGAUUAGAAAUGUGUGACAGAACGAGUUAAUUGUGUUAACGAGCUAAUUGUUUGUCAUAUUAGACAUGCUUAUGCUUCAGACUUUUUGUAGUGUCUAGUUAAGUUGGGGAUCUCUUGAAAACAAAGUUUUUUUUUCUUUUUUCUUUUGAUAGACUUGAAAACAAAGUCUUAUUAUUGAA